CGAAGACCGAGUGCUAAGAAAGUGCGAAACGAGUUGACAUUUUGCAAAAUUCAAGAACAUGACGCUGCUGAAAAUUAUGCUGCUGCAGGUGAUUCUAGUUGGGCUCUUUAUACGGACUAAGCAAUCAAUCACAGGAGUCACGUACAUGGACCACUUCGACUUCGAGGAAAGAUACAGGAACGUGUAUGAAUGCGACCCUCUCCAUUGGUACCCACUACAUCUGCCUCCCGAGUGCACCAAAAUGUAUGAGGAACUAAUUCGAAAGGGAGUAGCUUCUAUGACAAAUACACCAGUUAAAAUAUUGAAAGAGAGAGAAAGUGCUUUCUACAAUCUGAAUCCCUAUGCUCUCUCUUCAUCCGUCCCUUUGUAUGAACCUCCAGAUUCCCAAGAAUCCGAAGAAGUGUACAAGUAUGACAUUCCACGAUUGCCACCGUACGUGAAAAUGUUUGACAUGCUCAGGAAAGAUGUCAGAAGAGAGCCGAAAGCACCUGUAGUAACUAAUUUACCUGGAUUGGGUGCAGUGGCUUUGUAUCGUCAACCAAUAUCAAGAAAGAGUGGUCAAUAUAUUAAAAAAAUUGCUGGAGUUUAUAGAGAUGCAUAUAUGAAACAUUAUCCAUAUUAUAAUAACACAACGAACAACGAUACAGAAACUACAACUGAACAACAUGAAACAUCGGAAGUUGAUGAAAAUGAACCUCCCGUUCACAAACAUAAGCUUAAUAUAAAAAAGAAAAUAAAAAAUGGGAAUUCAUUCGCCAUUCUUAGAACAUACCAAAAUUAA